UGCUACAGCUCUCCCCGGUUGGUCAGCUGACCGUCGGGCGGUCUGGUGACAUCAAGCCCGCAGCUUAGCACCGAGACCUGGACCCACUGAGACCCGGACCUACCACUGAGACCCGGACCCACCACUGAGACCCGGACCCACCACUGAGACCCGGACCCGACGAGAUCCGGACCCGACGAGAUCCGGACCCACCACCGAGCCGGUCUCGAACCUCUCUGUGGAGCUCCUGGAACAAGCCGAGCUCUCCCCUCAGCUCUCCCCUCAGCUCUCUCUUCCCCGAUCCUCGGCUCCUCUCCUCUCUCUCUCCCCGGUCCUCGGCUCCCUUCCUCUGGUCUCUCCCGUCUCUCUCCUCUCUCCCCUCCCCGGCUCCUCGAUCCCCUCUCUCUCCUCGGGUCUCUCCCCUCCUCUGGUCCCCAUGUCGCUGCUGGAUCUGUGCCUGCAGGGCCUGGCCGUGUUCGGCUUCAUCCUGUUCGGCGUCCUGUGGCUCAUGCACUUCAUGUCCAUCAUCUAUGUGCGUCUGCACCUGCACAGGAAGAGGUCGGAGGUCAAAGGUCAGAUGGCCGGAGUCUCUCUGCUCAAACCGCUGAAGGGCGUCGACCCCAACCUGAUCAGCAACCUGGAGACCUUCUUCACCCUGGACUACCCCAAGUACGAGGUGCUGCUGUGUGUUCAGGAUCAGGACGACCCCGCGGUGGCUGUGUGUCAGCAGCUUUUGGGGAAAUAUCCGAACGUUGCACGCCCGUCUGUUCAUCGGGGGGAAAAGAAAGUUGGAAUCAACCCCAAGAUCAACAACCUGAUGCCGGGCUACGAGGGAGCGAAGUACGGGCUGGUGUGGAUCUGUGACAGCGGCAUCAGAGUGAAACCUGACUCCCUCACAGAUAUGACCAAUCAGAUGACAGAGAAGGUGGGGUUGGUGCACGGCUUGCCGUACGUUGCUGACCGUCAGGGCUUCGCUGCCACCCUGGAACAGGUGUACUUCGGGACGUCCCACCCCCGCUCCUACAUCUCGGCCAACGUGACGGGGAUAAAGUGUGUGACGGGCAUGUCGUGUCUGAUGAGGAAAGACGUGUUGGAUCAGGCCGGAGGAUUGGUCGCCUUCGCCCAGUACAUCGCUGAGGAUUACUUCAUGGCUAAAGCCAUCGCUGACAGGGGCUGGAAGUUCUCCAUGGCGACGCAGGUGGCGAUGCAGAACUCUGGCUCGUACUCGAUUGGCCAGUUCCAGUCCCGCAUGAUCAG